AGAGGGGAUCAAGACAGAGGGGCGCAUGUGUGUCCAGACCGUUUCUCUCCUCACUUCAAACGUUGGAUUGCUGGGAAGUAAAUUAAAUGGGAUUAACAGCAGUAGUGACCAUCGUCAUAGCUAAGGAUGAUGCCGAGUCUGAGCCCGCAUUUACCAGUUCCCAGGCCGUCCUACUCUCAGGCCAGGGAGAACCUGGUGAGAGCCAUCCCACCCAAGCUCCUCUGUCUGUUGGGCUGUGGAGGUAAAGAUUGUCGCUAUGAGGGACCAGAAUGCUGGAAGUCAAACCAGCAAGUCAUUCGAGGCAUUUUUUCCUCCUGGGUGACGGAUGAUAUAAUAGCGAUGGCUCGUCCAUCCAAUCAUCUAAUCAAGAAGUACAAUGUCAUAGAGCAAUUUCAAAGGUUGAAGAUCAGGUCGAUCAUCAACAUGCAGCUCCCCGGGGAGCAUGCUCACUGUGGACCACCGCUAGACCUUGGGAGUGGUUUCACAUACUCUCCACAAAUCUUCAUGGACAAUGAAAUUUACUUUUAUAACUUCGGGAUGCCAGAUUUUGGAGUAUCGUCUAUGGUUGGAAUCAUCGACGGGGUGAAGGUUUUGGCCUUCGCCGUGAAGGAAGGCCGUGUCGCUGUUCACUGUCAUGCAGGCCUGGGCAGGACAGGUGUCCUGAUAGCCUGCUACCUCAUCUACACCCUGCGUAUAAGCCCCAGCGAGGCGGUCCACUACGUGCGCCUUAAAAGGCCUCGUUCUAUCCAGACCCGGUCGCAGAUAAACCACGUGUUUGACUUUGCUCGCCUGCUCGGCACGCAGCUCACUCAGUAUCCAGACCUCAGCCUGCGGCACGGAGCCCCGUUCACCCUCCAGCACUACUUGAACAGGCAAGCUCUGCUGCUUCAUGGCCAGGAGGCACGCAGACUCAGACAUACUCCCAAGGUGGUGUACCUCCUGUGUGUGCGCCUCUCCUGCCUGGCUUUGGGUCUGGCCUCUCCUGCAGAGGUCCAUGCUGAGCUGGAGAAGAGAUCAGCUCUGAGGGUCCUGAACAGGGCUGUGAGAGAGACUCUUGCAUCCAAGCAGUAUUUGCCCCUGCCAAACGAAGGUCGUAAGGGCUCGUGGGCCGGCUCAGGGUCGGUGUCCUCCUGGGACGAGCCUCUGGGGUUCCUAGAGAGGAAGAGCGAGGUGUUGCUGGACAAACGCAGCUACAGUGAAUCUGACGUUACAAAGAUCAGAGUGUACGAGGACCAGGAACUGAGCUCAUACUGGACUGCAGCUCUUGGAGAUGAGAAGCACUGGUGCUUGCAGGAUCUGACACGUGCUGAUCUCAGACCAGUUAGUCCAGUCUUUGGCACAUUUUCAUUUGGGCUACCAUAUACCAAAAAGGAAUUUCAUGGGCUCAACACCGCUGUGGUGAACAUGAGGACAAGCAGCAGCUGCACGAAAAUCUUAAAAAGCUCAAAUAAAAGGGAAAUCCAAAAAUGCGGCUCCAACCUGGAGUUGCAAAGAAAUCUGCAUACCCCUGGCCCAACCUUGAUUGCCCGACAAGUAGCCAAAGCAAUGGCAGAACAGGGUCCCCCAGGCGAAACUGUUUUGCAGAGGUCAGCUCUGCUGCAGGAGGAACUGAACAGCAGUGACUGUGGGUGGGCCCUGCUGGUCACCGAGUCAGAUCCUCAAGUCCUCUGUUGUCUCUUGUGGACCUGGUUGGAGAGGUUAAGGGACCCUGUUCUGAGCAGGGAGGAUGUAGAAAGGUUAAAAGUCGGAAACAACCGAAAGCCUCUCAGCAUCCUCAAAAAGCCACAAAGACACACGAUCAAUUGUCUGCUGAGUUGUGUGAGUACAGUGAUCAGCUCGUGUCCACAUAGAGAAGAUGCCAUCCUCCAGCGGCUCAUGUGUGCACUUACAAGGCGUCCUCAAGAGGAAACUGGAAUCCUUGGUCCCUUGAUGAAAGUCCUGCAGGCCAGUUUGAGAGAAACUCUCAACACCCACAGACACAUCACCAGGGCCUGCAGCAUCAAUGCUACUCUUUGAGGAGUUUCAAUAAAAAUAAGAAAAAUGUUUAGUUUUAUCCUUGUUGAAAACAUUUUGUUAAGUCGUAGAGGUAAAAACAUUUCUACAAAACAUCAGCACUUCAUAUAGCUCCUUCAGUUGUAUGUUGUCACUGUUAACAGUCAUGAAUUAAAAGGAAAUUUAACUAAGACAGCAUUAAUGUGAUUCUUUAUUCCAGCUCCUUAUCUUAAACAGCAAAACAAUAUUUUUGACCAUUAAGGACAUUU